CAGCGGCCGGGCGACCAUGGGCCGCCUCCCGCGGGCCCUGCUUCUGCUGCUGCAGCACUCGGCGCUGGUGGCCGCGGGGGCAGCCGAGGCGUCCGUUAGCGCGCCGCGGAGCCUGGUGUGGGGCCCCGGGCUGCAGGCGGGCGUCGUUCUGCCCGUCCGCUAUUUCUACCUGCAGGCCGUCAAUUCGGAAGGCCAAAACCUCACUCGCUCGCCCCCAGGUCAAACACAUUUCAAAGUAGUAAUCAAAUCUCUUUCACCUAAAGAAGUAGUACGUAUUCAUGUCCCUAUACCUUUGGACAGGAAUGAUGGGACAUUUCUGAUGAGGUAUAGGAUGUAUGAAACUGUUAAUGAAGGGCUGAAGAUAGAGGUCCUCUAUGGUGAUGAACAUGUAGCCCAGUCUCCCUAUAUUUUGAAAGGACCGGUAUACCACGAGUAUUGUGAAUGUCCAGAAGAGGAUCCUCAGACCUGGCAGAAAACUCUUUCUUGUCCAACCAAAGAACCACAGAUUGCAAAAGAUUUUGCUGCUUUCCCCAGCAUUAAUCUCCAGCAGAUGCUAAAUGAAGUUCCUAAAAGGUUUGGGGAAGAGAGGGGUGCCAUUGUUCAUUACACGAUUCUCAAUAACCACGUCUACCGGAGACCUUUGGGGAAAUACACAGACUUCAAAAUGUUCUCAGAUGAGAUUUUGCUAUCACUGGCAAGAAAGGUUCUUCUCCCAGAUUUAGAAUUUUAUAUUAAUCUUGGGGAUUGGCCCUUGGAACAUCGAAAAGUCAAUGAAACCCCUGGCCCUUUACCUAUCAUUUCAUGGUGUGGCUCUCAGGAUUCACGAGAUAUUAUCCUUCCCACAUAUGACAUCACCCACUCCACACUUGAAGCAAUGAGGGGUGUUACAAAUGAUCUCCUCUCUAUUCAGGGAAAUACAGGGCCUUCCUGGAUCAAUAAAACAGAGAAAGCUUUCUUCAGAGGCAGAGACAGCCGAGAAGAGAGGCUCCAGUUGGUGCAGCUGUCCAAAGAAAAUCCACAGCUACUGGAUGCAGGGAUUACAGGGUAUUUCUUUUUCCAAGAGAAAGAAAAGGAGCUUGGAAAAGCUAAAUUGAUAGGUUUCUUUGAUUUCUUUAAGUACAAGUAUCAAGUGAACGUGGAUGGGACCGUGGCUGCUUACAGAUACCCAUAUCUCAUGCUGGGUGACAGUCUGGUUCUGAAGCAGGACUCACCAUAUUAUGAACAUUUUUAUAUGGCACUAAAGCCUUGGAAACACUAUAUACCAAUUAAAAGAAAUCUUGCUGAUUUACUAGAGAAAGUUAAAUGGGCCAAGGAAAAUGAUGAAGAAGCCAAGAGGAUCGCAAAAGAAGGGCAGUUAACUGCUAGAGACUUGCUCCAGCCACACAGGCUUUACUGCUAUUAUUACAGCGUCCUGCAGAAAUAUGCUGAGCGCCAGUCCAGCAAACCCGAAAUACGUGAUGGAAUGGAACUUGUUUCUCAGCCAGAUGAUAGCACAUCCAUCUGCCAGUGCCACAGGAAAAGACCUUUAAAAGAAGAGCUUUAAGUCAGCCUGGAUUUACACCCCUGUGUAUGCUGACCGUGUCUUCGAUGGAAGCAUUCCCUCAUCACAGCUAAAGAACACAGCUUGGAAUCAGCUGUGAAGAACACAGCUUGGAAGACUUUACCAAGAGAAGACUUUCUCUUGGUGGCUUUAUGUAAUGUGGGUGGAUGGAGCAAUUUAGAGCAAGUAUUACCAAGUAUUUUCAGAUAUUAAUUUCUUUUGAGUAAAACUGCUAUUAUCAGUAUCACAGUUUCCCUAAACGAACAAACAAACAAAACAUCCUUGGGGAUCAUAGUAGAGAGGCUUGCCAAAAUGUACAUUGUUCUCCAGGAAACUGUAUACAUCAUUUUUUUUUUCAUGGAAGUUAAUGACUGGGUAAUUUCUGUUAAGUAUACUUUAUUGAUUAUGCUAUUACAGUUGUCCUACUUUUCCCCCUUUGCCUCCCUCCACCCAGUACCCACCUUCCCUCCAGCAGUCCGCCCCCGCUUAGUUCCUGUCCAUGGAUCAUGCAUAUAAGUUCUUUGGAGACUCCAUUUCUUAUACUGUUCUUAACUUCCCCUUUUUUGUUCCUACCAAUUUAUGGUCCUUAAUCCCUGCACUUUUCCCCCCAUUCUCCCACUUUCCCAUCCCAGCUGAUAAUCCUCCAACUGAUCUCUGUAUCUAUGAUUGUGUUCCUCUUCUGGUUGUUUGCUUAGUUUGUUUUUAUUUUUGUUUUUUAGAUUCAGUUGUUGAGAGUUGUGAGUCUGUUGUCAUUCUAAUGUUCGUAGUUUUGAUCUUCUUUUUCUCAAAUAAGUCUCUUUCACAUUUCAUGUAAUAAUGGCUUGAUGAUAAUGAACUCCUUUAGUCUUACCUUGUCAGGGAAGCACUUUAUCUGCCCUUCAGUUCUAAAUGAUAGUUUUGCUGGUUAGAGUAAUCUUGGUUGUAGGUCUUGCUUUUCAUUGUUUUGAAUACUUGUUGCCAGUCCCUUCUAGCCUGCAAAAUUGUUUUUGAGAAAUCAGCUGACAGUCUUAUGGGAACUCCUUUGUAGGUAACUCUCUGCUAUUCUCUUGCUGCUUUUAAGAUUCUCUUUUUAUCUUUAACCUUUGGCAUUUUAAUUGUGAUGUGUCUUAGUUUGGUCCUCUUUGGGUGCAACCUGUUUGGGAGUCUCUGUGCUUUCUGGACUUGUAUGUCUAUUUCCUUUGUCAAAUUAGGGGAAUUCUCUUUCAUUAUUUUUUCCAAUAAGUUUUCAAUUUAUUGCUCUUCCUUUUCUCCUUCUGGCAUCUAAAUGAUUCAGAUGUUGGCAUUUUUGGAGAUGUCCCAGAAUCUUCUUAUACUCCCCUCAUUUUUUUUUUUAAGUUCUUUUUCCUUCUUUCUGUUCUGGUCGAAUGUUUACUUUUUCCUUAUGUUCCGAAUCAUUGAUUUCAAUCCUGGCUUCUGUCCCUUCAUUGUUAGUUCCCUAUUGGGUUUUUCUUUAUUUCACUUACUGUAACCUUCACUUCUUCUCUUAUGUUUUUGCCAUACUCAGUGAGUUCUAUGACCAUCCUGAUCACCAUUGUUUUGAACUCUGCAUCUGAUAGGUUGGCUAUCUCUGUUUCGUUUAGCGCUUUUUCUGGAAUUUUGUUCUGUUCUUUCAUUUGGGCCAUAUUUCUUUGUCUCCUUAAUUUGGCAGCCUCCCUGUGUUUGUUUAUGUGUAUUAGGUAGAGCUGUUUUGACUCCCUGUUAAGUUGAAUGAGACAGAGUCUUAGUUAUUCGCCAGGGCAGGGCAACCCACUUCACCACUUUGUGGCUCUGUGUGGGUUGGAGAGGGGUCAAUGCCACUGCCUGGCUUCUGGAGGUUUGCCCAGCACUCACCCAGUUUCCAAUCACUUCACCUGCUUCUCAUAUGCAACUGGCAUACCUCAAGCUGUUGCCCUAAUGGUGAUUCCCAGAGUGGGUGGGUUUACUAUGUUCUAAGUCAGUGCAGACCCUUUAAAUGGAUUCUUCUGAGAAAUCGGCAGUUUCUUCCACUGCCCCAACUCCCACUGGUUUUUACAACCAGAAGUUAUGAGGCUCUAUCUUCUCGAUGCUAGAAUGCUGGGCUGUGCAGUCUGGCCUGAGACUGGGAUCACUCGUUCCCAUGGUCUCACUCCUGAUUUUUAUCCACCACAGAUGAACGUGGGACCUCCCAUUCUACCACCACUGCUGUCACCUCUCCGCACCACAUUGCGCCCUCUUCACCCCAGCUCUGCGACUCCAUCCCUUCUACCCAUCUGGAUGAAUAUGGCUUCUUUAAAUCCUUGGUUGUCAGAGUUCCAUACAGUUCGAUUUUCUGGCAGUUGUUUUUUGUUUUGAGGUUAGUUGUAAUUCUUUUUGUGGUUGCGUGAGGAGAUGAAGAGUGUCUGCCUAUGCCUCCAUCUUGACCAGAAGUCUAUAUGUCAUAUUUAUUAAUUCAUUUUUAUUCCUUGUUCAUUUUCCUUCUUCCCCCUCUAGUUAUGAAGAAAAAAAUAUUUGUGCAGUAUUUUUUCCUCCCUCUCACUACAUCAUUUCUCCUCCUACAAGCUGCUUUUGACAUUCAGUAAUAGCAAGCCUCUUCUUGGAAGGCCUGAUAAGAAUAAAGAAGAGGAUGACUCUGUUAUUAAUAGUACCUUGGAUUCUAUGGAGGGAAUAUAUUUUUAAAACUCAUUCAUAUCUUUUUUAGCUAAGUUUUACCCAUACCCGGGACAAAAGUAAGGAGAAAUUGUGCCUAAAGCUAGUAAUUUCCAAUCUAUCUGGGUUGUAUACUCAUCAAGGACAAAACAGUUGUUAAAAUAGACGAGAGCACCCUGUAGGUACCAUUCAAUAUCUAUUUACUGAAUAGACAAAGGUAACUAUCUAUAGUCAGGUGGGGAUCCACAAUUUUUAAAAAUAUUUUGAAGAGACACUUGAAAACUUAUGCAAUAAGCUGCAGGAAGCCUGGUGUCUUGAGAUUCCCUAAUAAACUGAAAACAAAGGUAGACGUCCAUUCCUCACUGCACCCCUCCGCCAUUUCAUUGGGUUGCAUUGCGAGGAUAAAAAUUGGAGAUUUCCUCUGCCUUUUAGGAAAGGAUCCAGACUUAAGAUUUAUAGCCCAGAAAUUCAUUACACACUCCUUGUAAUACCAUCAAUUCAAAAUUCAGUUAACUGAAGAACCACACUCCAAAAAACAACUGUCCACACUCCCAACCUUAAAACAUUUACUCUCCUAAUUAAAAUAUUUCCUUAACCUGGAAAAAAAUGUAACCACCUUAAAGUAGUCAUAUCUAUUCUUUUUUGAACAUCAGUAAGAAUUUUCUUAACUAGGUAACAGCAAAAUCCCAUUUAGGAACAAUGUAAUCAAAACCAAGUAUCCAUGGAAAACUCUAAUACCCAAGUUUUUCAAAUGCACAGUUACACAAGUAUAAAUAAAGGGCCAGCUAUACUGAGACCAGACCUUAAUGAAUCUGUGUCCUACAUAUAUUGUACAUAGAGUUUGGGGCCCAUCAAAGCUGAGAUACAGAAGGCUUGCCCUCCCUCCUAUCUCCCUGCUCUCCAGCCCCAGGUCCUUCCUGAUGGUGGUUGUUAGAAACAUCUUAAAUUCUUUAUAUUUACGUCACCUGCUGCCAAACAGUUAAAAGUGAGUUGAGACAAACCAGGCAGCUUUUGGGUGUGGAACAAAAAGGAUGUGCUUAAGAAAUUAAGUGGAGCACUUCAGGGAAUUCCAUGAGGAGGGAGCACCCUUCAUCUAAAUAAUCCUCCAUCGUACCAGUUCAGUAGCAGCCUUUAAAAAGUGUUAGUUUUACAGGGCUUUCUGGUUUGUUGACGUGAACAUAAUUUAGUAAAAAUGAGAUUACUAAAACUAUGAGUCUGUCCUUUUUAGUUCACAUGUUACCAAUGAUUUCCAUUAGUCAUUAAUACUUUAAGUUUCAUGGAAAAAUAUCCGAUUUUUGAAAGGAGGAGAGGGAUGUAAGUAUAUGCAAAUAAAUAUCAUAACUGCAUUUGUCUAAAUAAGCUAUCAACAUUUGUUGUGGCAUUGUUUUUAUUAAUAAAUGUUGGAAACACCUUAAAUAGUUAUCAUUAGGGAAUUGGCUAAAUAGAUAUGAAUACAUUAAGGACUACAGUACAACCAUUGAAAAGAAUGAAGUAGCUCUAAAUGUACCAUCAUGAAAGAUUUCCAUAACAGUGUCCAGUGAAAAAAUCAAGUUUUUUCAAAAAAACGUGUAAUAUGCAACCAUUUGUGUAAAAAACAUAUAUCCAUGUGGUUGAAAGUUUGAAAGGCUAUUCAUCAAUAUCUGAGGAGGGGAUGGAGAAAGGGAAUUUAUACUUUAUGCAUUAUACCUGUCUAUGAUAUUUAAUAUGUUUUUUACUAUAAGUGUGAAUCAGAUUGUAAAACAAGGAAAUGCAAACCUAGCAGAAGACAAUGCACAGAAGGUAUACA